UCCUCCCACAGCGGCAGGCUCCUGUGCCCCCUGCUCACCUCCCCCAGAAUGAAACCUCCCCUUGUCCUGGCCUUCCUUUGCCUCCUGGUGUCCCAAGCCAGCGGGAACCUGGUCCAGUUUGGGGUGAUGAUUGAGCGGAUGACGGGAAAGUCAGCACUUCAGUACAAUGAUUAUGGAUGUUAUUGUGGUAUCGGUGGCUCCAACUGGCCGGUGGACCAGACCGACUGGUGCUGCCAUACCCACGACUGUUGCUAUGGACGCCUGGAGAAGCUGGGCUGUGAACCCAAGCUGGAAAAGUACCUCUUCUCUGUGGGUCGGGACACCAUCUUCUGCGCCGGCAGGACAACUUGCCAGAGACAGACCUGUGAGUGUGACAGAAGAGCUGCACUCUGCUUUCGCCACAAUCUGGGCACCUACAGCCGCAAGUAUGCCCACUACCCCAACAAGUUGUGCACUGGGCCCACCCCACCCUGCUGA